GCCGUUACCAAGGAAAUGAGAGAUGCCGCGCAUGCGCUGUGAAACAGCGUCGUGUUUCCAUAGUGAUGCCAUAAGCAAGACCACCGAGAGCACCAAACAACAUGGAAGAGGCACCGGCACCGAUUCUUCUCUAUGGGGAGGCGGAAGGGAUGGUGCAGAGCCUGCAGAUCUUCUCAGUACGCGAUACUGCUUCUGGCGGGUGGUUUAAACAGCAUGAAUACAUUGAAAAGCUAAAUAUGCAAGCGAUCCUCAAUGCUUCAGCAGGGCAGGAGGAGAUUAUUAAGGACCUGCUUGUGACACAUUCAAAGAUUUCAGUUUUAAUUCAUGAACUGAUCAGUGUGGAGAUCUGGAAGAUUAAGGUGUUUCCUGUACUGUGUCAACUGCAAGACUUCCAGCCCAAGAGCACCUUCCCUCUCUAUAUGGUGAUACAUCAUGAAGCAACUAUCAUUAACCUACUGGAGACAAUCUUUUACCAUAAGGAAGUAUGUGAGUCUGCGGAGGACCUUACUCUGGAUCUGAUUGAUUACUGCCAUAGGAAACUGACUCUGUUAGCAUCACAAAGCUCUAAUAUGAAAACACUCAGCCAGGACAGACUUCUCUCCCACACUGCCAGUGAAGCAUCAUCGUUAGAGGAGCUAAAGCAGCAGGCUGAAUCUCUGGAGUUUGACAUUGCAUUAAAAUGCCUGUCAGUUAUGCGAUAUAUCAGUGAUCAUACUGACAGCCUCCCACUAUGUGUGACCAAUCGUCUCCUUAAUACUCACAACUUGCCUUGUCUGUUGGUGGAACUCCUGCAUCAGUGUCCCUGGACCCAGCGCCAAAAAGGCCAGCUCCAGAAGUAUGAAGGUGGUCGCUGGUACCCUGUACCUGCUGAGGACCAGUUAAAGAUGACCAAGCUGGAUGGUCAAGCCUGGAUAACUUUAUACAACCUCCUGUUGAGGCCAGAGUGCCAACAGAAAUAUAACAUCAAUAGCUUCACCAAGGGGCAACUCUUAAAGCUUCGUUCCUUUCUCACUGAAGUGCUUCUGGACCAGUUGCCAAAUCUUGUAGAACUGCAGCGCUUCUUAAGCCACUUGUCUGUGAGUGAGCCAGCCCCACCCAAAAAGGAACUGAUCAUAGAGCAGGUACCUGAGGUUUGGGAUUCAAUCAUCAAGGAGAAUUCAGGGAAAUGGAAAGCAAUAGCCAAACAACAGGUGAAACAUGCAUUUUCUCCAAGUGAAGAAGACUUGCGUUCUCAAGCUAAAAGAUGGGCACAGACCUAUAAUAUUGAUGUAAUGGAGGCACUUGUGCCAGAAAAACCAAAGUGUGGUUCAUGUGGGUCAGAAGCCACCAAACGUUGUUCAAGGUGUCAGAGUGAGUGGUAUUGCAAGAGAGAGUGCCAGGUUAAACACUGGCAGAAGCACAAAAAGGCCUGUGAUAUGGUGAGCGAGGCAAUGAAGAAAAUGCAGGAAGAGAUCCACAAACAGACAUAAAGAAGAGGUGUCUGUCUUAAAAAUAUUUUGUUGAAGUGUUUUGACCCACUGAUCUUCACACCCUCCAAUAAUAACCUACAGGACACUUUAUAGUCAUUGCUUAAGUAUUAUGUACUAAAUAUACAGGGGAUGCUGCCGUGUACUACCCAACACCCCUUGUCAGCUGAACAAUCACACUUAUUUAUUUUGUGCUACAGGCUGGUGGGGAAUUGUCUGGAUCAGUAACAGCUGAAGGGAAGCAGACUGGACACUUUUGCUUUGUACAACAUAAAAACCUCCAUACACCCCUGGGACUUGUCCUUUUGCUGCUCCCCAUUUAAACGUUGAAAGGGAACCCCAACCUCCAGCCACAGUUAUGUGCUCCAGGGAUCCCACUUCCUCAGAUCAGUUCCUGACUGAAACUAAUGUAAUAAGUCUCUAGGUUUUAUUUACUCAUUCUGGAGAGAGCAUCUCAUCCUCACAAUUGAGGGCAUUGCUAUGGACAUUUUCAUGUAUACAUUUUUGUAAAUAUCAAAUAUGUCCCAGGACUGGUUUCACUUUAAUUAUCACUGAGAAUAAAUGCUCUAAACUGAAGAACUGUUUGCCAACAUGUGGUUAGUAGUACUGGCAGCAUGUUUUAGUACAGUGUGUCAGUUUUAAAAAUAGAGAUUUUUAAAUGAAGGCCUAUAUUUCAUGUGGCGUCACAGGCCUGUGAACCCACCCAUAAUAUAGCCCUGUGGCUUCCUGCAUGAUGAGCUUUAGUCUUGGCUUGGUAGGAUGUGGUGGCUGCUAUCACUGGUGCAUUAAAAAUGAUUAAACCCA